AUGAACAUUUAUUCAGUUCGUGUUGAAUAUUUGCAUGAUAAUCGAAUAAAAAACUAUGAGGAUGGUGCUUUCUUAUUCCUCCCCAGCAUAAGUCACAUCGACCUCAAAGGCAAUAAGGAUUUGAUGUGUGGAUGUCACCUGCCAGCCUUGGUGAAAUAUAUGAGAAAUAACUAUAACAGAACUGUGAAUGUCAGUGGCGAGUGUCAGUCAGAUCUCGGCAAAAGAAUACCAAUACCGAAAUAUUCGCAAUGUACAAAUUACUCGUUGUUUCAACGGAAUUUACAGUGUCAGACAUGUUCAGGGAUGAUGUGCAAUCAUUCAGGAGUGACAAACUGUCCAGGAGCAGAGCCUGUUUGUCGGUUGACUUUAUCAAUGAAUGGUGUUACACUGAGGUUUGAAAGGUCCUGCAGCACAUACAGAAAAUGCGUGGAAGCUAUGAGAAACAAUAGCCACAGAUGCAAGAAAUGGACCGAUGGCACUUCCUGUACUGGUUGUUGCGUCGGAAACUUGUGUAACAAGAAUGACAUCAUUGGCUGGACCAAAUCCUUUGAAUUCCAUCUGAUUUUCAAAAAUCUCAACGAAUAUAAAAUCUCUGGUGAAAACAUGUCAAUAUCAAUUGAGAACGAAUUAUCAUCCUUGACGGGAACCUUCAGUGUUGAAUAUUGCAAUUCAGCAGAACGGAAAAAUAUAUUUACUAUAUACAGUGAGGUGGUCAGAAAUGUUACUAAAGAUGAGCUGAGGCACAACAUAUAUAAUGUUAUAAAUUCAUCCAAGACGCUGCAGGAUUUGGAAAUUCAACAGCAGAAUAUAGAAUUAAUUGAUGAAAGGUCUUGUAAUGAAGACACAACCUCAAAUAAUGGUAUUUUCCAUUGGCCAGUGACGAAAAUAGGAAGCAAUGCGACGAUUCCAUGCCAUGCAAAUGUAGCAACGAGACUCUGUUCUUCCAGGACGGUGAAGCAUCCAGAAAUGGCAUCAAACCAAUCUAGGACAUCACUAAAAUGUUCACCAUUUACUGGUAUCUGGCAAGAACCAGACAUGUCACAAUGUUACAAUACUGAGGGGAUCACUCGACGACUAAAAGACAUCAGAAGCCAAGACAUUGAUCAAAGGAAUAUCGCCAAUAUUUCGAAAGAGGCAUUGAAUGUUUCGCAGAAAUCAGUGUAUUUCAAACAACAAGAUAUUGACUUGGCUGUAGAUAUUCUCGAGAAAAUUGUGCCAUUGAACGCAUCGGCUGACACAAGACUGAAAAUUAUACGUGGUAUAAACAAUAUAAUAAACACACCAGAGAAGGUUUUGGCUGAGGCAGAACUAUCUAAUAGAAGUAUCAGCAGAAUGCUGGGCAUUAUAAAAAUAUUGCCAAAAACAAUUCCACUGGAAGAGCAGCAAGUCAACGUUUUAUACUCAAAUCUUGGUAUUGGUGUUUCCAAAGUGAAUCAGGAUAGUUUCGAUGGUCUUUUCUAUGGCGUUUCCUACGGAACUAAUGAAACGGAAGCAAACACACAGCUCUUUAACCACUCAUACUCUGACCAACAACAAGAUGAUAUACAGACACUUUCCUUUAUUUCCUUACCAAAGAGUUUACCAAAACAUCUGAAAGACGAACAAAGAUCAACCCUUGCAAGAGUAGUAUUUUACUCCAUGAGGAAUGAUAAGCUCUAUAGAGUAACACAAAACUCCAGUGCCAAAGGAAAUACUGAAAUUAACAGCCAUAUUAUUAGUGCCAGUAUCCCCAACGUUUCAAUAAGCAACCUUGAUGAACCAAUUAAUAUAUCAUUCAAUUUAAUAAACCAGAAUGCCGACAACCCAGAAUGUGUUUACUGGGAGGAAACUUCAGGAGAGGUUCCUCAUUGGGCAACAAAUGGCUGUAAAACAUCCGAUUAUGUACCUGGAAAGAAAGUAGUUUGUUCCUGCGACCAUCUCACAAGUUUUGCCAUAUUAAUGGAUGUCUACAGGAAUGAAGACGAUAGGAAAAAUGUUAAAUCCUUAUCUGAUAUAUCCAAUAUUGGCUGUGGAUUAUCAUUUGUCUGUCUUGUUCUUACAGUAAUAAUUCACGUUUGUUUCAAAAAGUUAAGGGAUUUAAUGACUUCAAAGAUUUUAAUAAGCUUGUGCGUUCCUUUAGCUGUCUCUAAUCUUAUCUUCGUUGUCGGGAUGCAACCAUACGUACAAGCAAUGGCUGUUUGUAAGGCAAUGGCUGCUCUGUUACACUACUUCCUUUUGACAUCUCUCAUGUGGACGUCUGUCGAGGCUAUUCAUUUCUACCUAAGCAUGGUUUUGGUAUUCAGAAAAUAUCAGGCAUCUUUUAUGAUGAGGAGUUCCAUUUUGGCCUGGGGUUUUCCAGCUGUGGCUGUUCUAACUGCACUGCUAGUUAACUACACAGACGGUUACGUCAAAAUUGGACAAGCUGUCAUAAUGUGUCAGGUCAAACCGAUAUGGAGGUUCUCGUUGUUAGAUAAGUUCCUCAAAGGCACAUCACUGACCAAUUGCAUCCAUAAACCUGAAUUUAGUGAUGAAGAGUCCAACGGGAAUGAAUGCGAAGACGGAUUACCUGAAGAACAAAUAAUCUUUCCUUGUCUUCCAAAUUUUAAAUGCAUGGAAUUUGAUGAGAAUAUAAGUAAACUUUUGCUUAGUGACACUCAAUAUAUUAAAGGAUAUAUUGAACAAAAUUCACAUAAAAUAAAUCAACAAAAUAGAGAUGGUGACACACUACUACAUCUGGCCUGUGCUCUCGGACACACAGAAAUUGCUGAACAUCUGUUGCAGCAGUCUGGCAUUGAUCGAUCAGUGCACACCCCUACAGUUGGCCUUGUCACGGGAGACACGGAGACAGUUAAACAUCUAUUGCAGCACUCUAAUAUUGAUGUAAAUGCUAAGGAUAGAAUUCAGGACACACCCCUACACCGGGCAUGUGACAAGGGACACGCAGAGACAGUUAAACAUCUACUGAAGCACUCUGCUAUUGAUGUAAAUGCUAAGGAUAGCGGUCAGUACACACCACUACACCGGGCCUGUGUCAAGGGACACACGGAGACAGUUAAGCAUCUACUGAAGCACUCUGCUAUUGAUGUAAAUGCUAAGGAUAGCGAUCAGUGCACACGACUACACCGCGCCUGUGUCAAAGGACACACGGAGACAGUUAAGCAUCUACUGAAGCACUCUGCUAUUGAUGUAAAUGCUAAGGAUAGCGAUCAGUGCACACCACUACACCGGGCCUGUGUCAAAGGACACACGGAGACAGUUAAGUAUCUACUGCUGCACUCUGCUAUUGAAGUAAAUGCGAAGGAUAGAAUUCAGGACACACCACUACACCGGGCCUGUGUCGAGGGACACACGGAAACAACUAAACAUCUACUGCAGCACUCUGCUAUUGAUGUAAAUGCUAAGGAUAGCGGUCAGUACACACCACUACACCGGGCCUGUGUCAAGGGACACACGGAGACAGUUAAGCAUCUACUGAAGCACUCUGCUAUUGAUGUAAAUGCUAAGGAUAGCGAUCAGUGCACACCACUACACCGGGCCUGUGUCAAGGGACACACGGAGACAGUUAAACAUCUACUGCAGCACUCUGAUAUUGAUGUAAAUGCUAAGGAUAGAAUUCAGGACACACCACUACACCGGGCCUGUGUCACAGGAGACACGGAGACAGUUAAGCAUCUACUGCAGCACUCUGAUAUUAAUGUAAAUGCUAAGGAUAGAAUUCAGGACACACCACUACACCGGGCCUGUGUCACAGGAGACACGGAGACAGUUAAGCAUCUACUGCAGCACUCUGAUAUUAAUGUAAAUGCUAAGGAUAGAAUUCAGGACACACCACUACACCGGGCCUGUGUCACGGGACACACGGAGACAGUUAAGCAUCUACUGCAGCACUCUGAUAUUAAUGUAAAUGCUAAGGAUAGAAUUCAGGACACACCACUACACCGAGCCUGUGUCACAGGAGACACGGAGACAGUUAAGCAUCUACUGCAGCACUCUGAUAUUAAUGUAAAUGCUAAGGAUAGAAUUCAGUGCACACCACUACACCGGGCCUGUGUCAAGGGACACACGGAGACAGUUAAGCAUCUACUGCAGCACUCUGAUAUUGAUGUAAAUGCGAAGGAUAGCAAUCUGUACACACCACUGUACCGGGCCUGUGUCGCGGGAAACACGGAGACAAUUAAACAUCUACUGAAGCACUCUGAUAUUGAUGUAAAUGCUAAGGAUAGCAAUCUGUACACACCACUACACCGGGCCUGUGUCACGGGAGACACGGAGACAGUUAAACAUCUACUGCAGCACUCUGCUAUUGAUGUAAAUGCUAAGGAUAGCAAUCAGUACACACCACUACACCGGGCCUGUGUCACGGGAGACACGGAGACAAUUAAACAUCUACUGCAGCACUCUGCUAUUGAUGUAAAUGCUAAGGAUAGCAAUCUGUACACACCGCUAUACGUGGCCUGCGUCACGGGAGACAUUGAGACAAUUAAACAUCUACUGCAGCACUCUGAUAUUGAUGUAAAUGCUAAGGCUAGCGAUCUGUACACACCACUACACUGGGCCUGUGUCACGGGAGACACGGAGACAAUUAAACAUCUACUGAAGCACUCUGAUAUUGAUGUAAAUGCUAAGGAAAGCAAUCAGUGCACACCACUACACCGGUCCUGUGUCGAGGGACACACAGAUACAGUUAAACAUCUACUGCAGCACUCUGAUACUGACGUAAAUGCUAAGGAUAGCAAUCAGGACACACCACUACACCGGGCCUGUGACAAGGGACACGCGGAGACAGUUAAAUAUCUACUGCAGCACUCUGAUAUUGAUGUAAGUGCUAGGGAAAGCAAUCAGUAUACAUCACUACACUGGGCCUGUGUCAUGGGACACACGGAGACAGUUAAGCAUUUACUGCAGCACUCUGAUAUUGAUGUAAAUGCUAAGGAUAGCAAUCUGUACACACCACUAUACCGGGCCUGUGUCGAGGGACACACGGAGACAGUUAAACAUCUACUGCAGCACUCUGAUAUUGAUGUAAAUGCUAAGGAUAGCAAUAGGUGCCCACCACUACACCGGGCCUGUGUCGAGGGAGACACGGAGACAGUUAAGCAUUUACUGCAGCACUCUGAUAUUGAUGUAAAUGCUAAGAAUAGCGAUCUGUACACACCACUACACCGGGCCUGUGUCGAGGGACACACGGAGACAGUUAAGCAUCUACUGCAGCACUCUGAUAUUGAUGUAAAUGCUAAGAAUAGCGAUCUGUACACACCACUACACCGGGCCUGUGUCGAGGGUUACACGGAGACAGUUAAACAUCUACUGCAGCACUCUGAUAUUGAUGUAAAUGCUAAGAAUAGCGAUCUGUACACACCACCACACCGGGCCUGUGUCGAGGGACACACGGAGACAGUUAAGCAUCUACUGCAGCACUCUGAUAUUGAUGUAAAUGCUAAGAAUAGCGAUCUGUACACACCACUACACCGGGCCUGUGUCGAGGGACACACGGAGACAGUUAAACAUCUACUGCAGCACUCUGAUAUUGAUGUAAAUGCUAAGAAUAGCGAUCUGUACACACCACUACACCGGGCCUGUGUCGAGGGACACACGGAGACAGUUAAGCAUUUACUGCAGCACUCUGAUAUUGAUGUAAAUGCUAUGGAUAGCGGUCAGUUCACACCACUACACCGGGCCUGUGUCAAGGGACACACAGAUACAGUUAAGCAUUUACUGAAGCACCCUGCUAUUGAUGUAAAUACUGAGGCUAUCAAUGGGUACACACCACUCCACCAGGCCUGGGACAAGGGACACACGGAUACAGUUAAUCUCUUACUGCAGCAUCCGAGCAUUGAUUACUAUAAAAGAGAUACAUCUGGUCACACACUACUACAUCAGGCAGUUCUAAGACAAAGCUAUGAUGUGGUUGGCAUUGAUGCUAUCCCAGGAUUCAGUGAAAUUGAACAUAACAAACUGGGAUGGUAUAACACCAUUUCUUCAAGCUGUCUCUAGCGGCAACUUCAGAAUAAUGCAGGAAUUCAUUUCUAAAGGAACAGAGGUAAAUGUGAUCGAUAAUAUCGGAAACAAUUGUCUUCACCUUGCGGUGAGGAAAGAGGGGUUCCAUUCUGAGGGUGAAUCCUUAACUGUCUUGGAUAAGGUAAGUUUUAAAAUUAUUUGUAAAUAUAUAUACGUGUGGAUUUAUUUAUAAGAGAUAGAAAGAGAAACAGAGAGACAUGAUGGCAACCUUUAGAAUGCAAGUGCCAUGAUAAAUACAUCCAUUCCAUUCUAUGAGGGAUUCCGAAAAAACAGCCCCCUGUCUUACUUCUUGUACACAACAUUUAUCCUCUGGCUUCUU